AUGAUUGAUGAUCAAGAUCUGGGUUUCUUUGCCAAUUUUCUUGGCGUCUUCAUCUUUGUAUUGGUGAUAGCAUACCACUAUGUCAUGGCUGACCCAAAGUUUGAAGGAAACUAGGAAUGCUUAGUUGAAGAUGUGAUUUUCAUGUUGUAGACUGAGAUGCUUAGUAAAUGGAAAAUUUGAUAUUAUCAUGAACUUCAGUUUGGGAAUGCGAAUGUUAGCUUAUUACUAAAACUUACAUAAAUAUCAUUGGAGCACAACAAUUCAUUUUUUGCUAUACUUUAUGCGUGCUUCCAAAAGCUUAGUUUUGCGAGUAAGGAACUUUCAUUAAAAAACCAAAUAAAAUGUUGAAUUUGCUGUAAGAUUACAGGAUUUUGCUGGAUGAUGUGCUGCUAUAUUUUGGUGGAAUCAUGACAUGAGCAAUAGUAUUCUAUCCCU